AUAACGUCCGGCCGCCGCGCCCGACUUCCGGGGGGCGGGGCAAGAUGGCGGCGGUUACGGCCUUACCGGUCUCGCUCUCGGCCAGGUUUAAGGGAUCCUUUGCAUAUAUUACAGUUAAAGACCGACUGCCCCAGAUCCUCACAAAAGUUAUUGACACUCUGCAUCGACACAAAAAUGAGUUCUUUGAAGAACAUGGUGAGAAGGGUGUUGAAGCUGAGAAGAGAGCUAUAUCCUUCCUUUCCAAAUUACGGAAUGAACUGCAGACAGACAAACCUGUGACUCCCUUAGAAGAUGAUCUGCCUGAUGCUGCCCUAUGGAACCAAUACCUAGACUACCAACGUAAUUUAUCCAAUGGAAAUGGAGAACCAAGUUGGUUUCAGUCCCCUUGGUUAUUUAUAGAGUGUUACAUGUAUCGAAGAAUUCAUGCAGCAGUAACACAGAACCCACCUAUUGGCAGCUUCGACGUAUUUAAGGAAGGAAAGGCUCAAAAUUUCUUCGAAUCCCAAGAGGCUAUUAUUGCUUUAUGCACUUAUUUUCAGGAACUCCUUAAAAACAUCAAGGAUUUAGACGAGAAGCAACUUAAGGGGGAACUUUUUAAGCUACUGCAGGUGUCACUGUGGGGCAAUAAGUGUGACCUUUCUUUUUCAGCCGGUGAGGAAAGCUCUCAGAAAACUAGUCCUUUACAAAGCCUGGAAAACAUGGUACCUUACAUCAUAGUGAAUGAUAUGGAAAAGCUUUGGUCACUACUUAUAAAUGCCAAAAAAAGCAAUACAGAUAAGUGUAUUGUUAGAGUUGAUAUAAUCUUGGAUAAUGCUGGAUUUGAACUUGUAAGUGAUCUUGUGUUGACUGACUUCUUGUUAUCGUCAAAGCUAGCUGAUGAAGUCCAUUUCCAUGGAAAAAGUAUUCCCUGGUAUGUGUCGGAUACAACAAAGAAUGAUUUUAACUGGACUAUUAAACAGCUUCAGGCAGCUAAUCAUAUGUGGAUGUCUAGAUGUGGGAUAAACUGGGAGGGCAACUUGAAAAAGGGCGCUUGGGUUUACAAAGAUCACAUGUUUUGGACUUUGCCACAUAUCUAUUCCAGCAUGGCUGAGGUUGCUCCUGAUUUGUACGCUGAUCUACAGAAAUCAAACUUGCUUCUUUUUAAAGGUGAUCUAAACUACAGAAAAUUAACAGGUGAUAGAAAAUGGGAGUAUACUGUUCCAUUUCAUCAGGCCUUGAACAAGUUUCAUCCUGCACCUCUCUGUAGUUUAAGAACGCUGAAAUCUGACACUCAGGUUGGCCUGAAGCCUGGGCAAGGUGAACAAAUCCAGGCUUCUGACCCGGAAUGGAUGAUAAGUGGCAAAUAUGGGGUAGUUCAGUUUGAUGCUACUACCUGAUUCCAACUAAAUGGUUCAUAAAAUCCUAACAGCUAGAUGUAGAAGACUUGUGACUGCUUUCUCUGUUUGGCUUAAGCAGUGAUUCUGUUUGCACUUGUUUCCAAAUGAUUUGUUGUCCCUUAAGACAUUGAUGUUCCUUAAAUAUUUUUGAGCUGUCUUUGUAUACGUAAAUUGUUCUGCAUUUCAAUAUAUACUUAUUUUUUUUCCCUAAUGCCAGUGGCUGAUGUUUAAAAUGAAUAUUUGGUUGUCUAUUUUUUCCCCCUCAUCUGUGGGUAUGAGAGUUUAUGCCUAAGAAGUGAAAAAUCUACUUCAGAAACCAUUUCCUUAAGCACAUCUUAACAUGUAUUUACUUGCUGCAAGAUAAUUUGUUCUUUAUGUGCCAUGCAUUGCAUGAAAGUUAAUAUUUUAGCAAGUACAUAAAUAAAUCCUUUUGAAUGUGGUCAUUGCAGGAUCAUAUUUUAAAACUGUUUGAGGGAGUUUAAUUGUACCUAGACUUUAUCACAAGAAUUACUUUCUACAUGUUGCUUGUGUCAAUGGACAAAUCACUUUCAGUGUUUUUAAAUAGUUAUCUUUGCUUGAACAUGGUUAGCAGUAUAAUAAGACAAAUGUUUUUAGUAAAUAUUGAUUUAGAAUUUAGAAACUGAAUUUAAAUUUUUGAUUUUAAAACAUGAAUGAAUGUUGCUAUUUAUUUUUGUUUGUAAGAGGGAAGUUAUCCUAUCUGGUAAGAAAAUCAGUAGGAAAAAGGACAAUUUCAUUUUAAGAGUGUGGAAGGUAUUGUUUAUUUAAGGGUAUUUUACUAAAAACAAGAUGAAAAAUAAACAAAAAGAAGAAAAAAAACCCCACCAAACACACAAGCUUGAAAUGAAGGUGGCCUUUACAUUGGUGAUUGUGGUUGAAGCAUUUUUGCCUCUUUCAACUUAUAUGUAUUUUAGAAGGAUACCACAAUUUAUAUUGGGGAAAUGCAGCCCCAUUUGCACUAAGAAGUACAGUAUAUGUCAGAGGUAUAUGCCAUGCAGGUUGCUGGCAAUUGGAGUUACAUCCUAGUUUCUUCUCCUCUACUCCAGUGUCAGGUUACCUCACACUGAAAUUGGGUGGGGAUUUAGUAACAUUUUUGUGUUUUUUGUGUUUUUCAUUCUUUCCCCCCAGAACGUAAGGAAAGGAGAAAGACUUUAACUUCUAAACAAAGAACUAAAAAUGGAUUCUCUCAAGUCUUAAAAGUAUUGGUGGAAUUAGGGCCCUUUAUAGAAGAGCUGCAGGUUUGUUGGGAAAUGGUGGUAAAAGUCUGUCUUUCUCUCUGUGAUGUUGUCUAGGGCUUCUAACAGCAGAACUUGCCCCUGGUUACCAAGGACAUGAUGUUAUUGAGAGGAAAAGUAGAUGAUUGGUAGAGAAUCUUUCCCUUCUGUUUUAUAGAUACAAUUAAAUCUUAUACAAUAAGGACACGGAAGUGUCCUUAUUUGGCUACAUUCUGGAAUGCUUUGGCAAGAGAAUUAGAAUGACUCUAUGGUGAAAGCUGGAUUAAAAGAAAUUUCUGCACUCAUGGUUAAACUAAGAGAAGGGUAAACUUUAGUAGGUCUACAGAAGUUGGAGGGGGAAGAUGGAAUAUUUGUAGCUCUUCUGGGCUUUGAAAUGAAACUGGAAUCCCCUUCUGCUAAGUGAAAUCACUGGCAAAGUAUGCCACAUUUAUCAUUCUAAAAUGGAGAGAAUCAGUUGCUGCUACAAGGACUGUUCAUAUAAUAAAGAUCUAUGUAGUAGUUGAAUAUGCUCCAUUUACUCAUGACUUUGAUUAUUUGUGUUUGUGUUCUUUCUUCUGACCUCUGAAAGUAUAGUAAUAUAUUUUAAAGUUGCAAGGUCAAAUAUUCAAAAACUAAAAUGCUAGGAAUUUCUUCAGGCAAGGUGGUAAUGGAGGUGGUGCUCUAGUUUUGAGAAGUGGGCUUAGUGCUGUCAUCUCCCUUGUACCACUGGUAUAGUACUCUUAGAAGAUGAAUUCACAUUAGUCGUAAGUUGCUUGAUUAGAUUAUGCAAGUUGGAAAUCCAGUUAAGAGAGCUGAAGGUCAGAUAGCUCAUCUUUGUCUGUAGGGAGCUCAAAGAAGCUCCGGUUUUGGUGCUUUGAUAAGAUACAUAGAUGUCAUGAUGAGUCUGGAGCCUCAACUCCUCAUCUUUGAGGAUGCUGUUAAUUUUUUUCAAAUGCACUUUGAAACAACAGCUUUAGUCAAGAGCUCAUACAAAGGUGGAUGUUGUGGAAUACGUGCAAUAAAAGCUUUCUGUCUUGUCCAAAGAAACGGAAUAAUUAAUGGAAAGAGCCUGACUUGUUUGUGUACAGAUUAUUUGUAUGGUGCUCACUUAAACUGCUGAAGAGGUUGAAAAGUGUGUAAUGAACAAGAAGAAAAAAGGGUUGUUUCACUGUUAAGGCAAUCCUUUGCUUAAGAGGUGAAUCUAUUCCCAUUUGCAGAUGCUGAGAAAUGUUUGCAUUUUUAUCUGGCUGUUAAUCUGACUCUAUGUUCCCAAGUUGAUUUCAGGCUCUUUACUUCUGGGAACUCAAUGCAGUAAGUACUCUGACGUCAUGAUAAGUAGUUUUACAAGUUCUAAACCACUUAGGAAAUGCAUCAGUAGUUGCACAGUAGUACUGAGUCUUCUUCUUGGAGGCUGUUGUGUUGAUGUUUGUGGGGGAGCAGGAUUUCCUGAGUAUUGUAGACGUGUAGUUCUUAGAUUAGUACUUGAAAUGUAAUGUAAGGCAUGAUACCAUACUGAAGAAAGGAAAGAGUUCAGUUCUCCAGUUCAUAAGGUGAACAUAUAUUUAACCCCUCACAAAGAGAAGCCUGGAAAUUUACAUGUGAAGAUAAUAGAAAGAAUGCACAGCCAUAUAUUCCAAAUUGCUUGGCUUCCUAUAGCUUUAACUACAAAGUGCCAUUUAUAGACAGAAUUUAGCAUGCAUCAUACCUUUUUGUUUUUUGGUUGGCUGUAUUGUUGUAAAAUUUGCAUUGCUGAUAAGGAAAAGAAGUGAUGCUGAAAUGCCAGUGUUAUAUUCGCCCGUGUCACAAUGUAGUGUUAUUCUGGCGAGGCAUUGUGCUCCUCUGUUGAGCUAGUUACAGUUUAGUUGAAAAUACAAGUCCAGUUAUAGUUAUUCAUUGUUAACUACUUGUGUUAGUGCAGCUUUGUGAAAGGGCGACACUGUUGCUAGUAUAAAGCAUGUAUUAUAGCAAUAGCAUAUGCUAUAAUACUGCAUAAUUAUUUUCUUGAGUCUUCAAGAAAGUUGCUUCUGUACAGCAGUCACAACUGAUUGCCCCAAAUGCUUCUACAGCAUAACUCAGGAGCUACAGAUUUGUAUAGCAAAUUCUUGAGGUUUUAUUUUCCCCCAUAUGCCACUUGAUUACCUACAUCAAAAAUAAGGGUAUUUUCAGUGAUUCCAAGGACCACAGACCAGUUUCUUUUGACUGUUUUUUAUCCUACCUUUUGAGCAGCUGUAUUUGUAAAUCAGUUUUUGAGAGACAACGAUGACUUCCAUGUGUGAUGAAACUGUAGAAAAGUAGCGUCACAGGCACAAAAAAAAACCAGUGCAUGAAACUAAAGACUUGACAAUCCAUUAGGUAAGAUAUAUACAAUAAUUCUGUAUGCGUUUGAAGCUGUAAGAUGAGGCUUUGUAAAAUAAAUUGAUGCAGAAAAUAAGUUGACUGUGUGACUGGAAACUGUUUGAAGAAACAAAUUCUGUAACUGUGUGCAAAUGUCAAACUUCAUACUGUUUGAAUGGCUGGAAAAGCAACUUGAAAUAAUUCAGGUCUAAGUUCCUGGUAUUUUUUCUCUGAAAUGGAUUUUAUAUGAUGCCAAUAAAGCUUAUUUAUCCACGGAGGUUUUGAAAGAAGUAGAUAAGAGUACCUUAUAUUUUUCCUUAAUAUUGCCAUAUCUCAGUAAAAGUUUUACCUUGUUACAUUGCCAA